GACAGAGCUUACCUUACGCUCUUCACCAACUGAAGCUGCAUCACGCUGACGCUCCGUCGUGGUGGGCAAGGGCGGCCCGCGGCAACCCGGCGGCGGGGGGCCCCCCGGGCCCGGCCAGCAGCGCAUCCCCGCCCACCGCUUCUUGCUGGCCGCUGGCAGCGCCGUCUUCGACGCCAUGUUCAACGGUGGCAUGGCCACCACCUCGGCCGAGAUCGAGCUGCCCGACGUAGAGCCCGCCGCCUUCCUGGCGCUGCUCAGGUUUCUUUAUUCAGAUGAAGUUCAGAUUGGUCCUGAAACAGUUAUGACUACUCUCUACACUGCCAAGAAGUAUGCAGUCCCAGCCCUGGAAGCACAUUGUGUGGAAUUUCUCACUAAACACCUUAGAGCAGAUAAUGCCUUUAUGCUUCUUACCCAGGCUCGAUUAUUUGAUGAACCUCAGCUUGCUAGUCUUUGUCUUGACACUAUAGACAAAAGUACAAUGGAUGCAAUAAGUGCAGAAGGUUUUACUGAUAUUGACAUAGACACACUGUGUGCAGUAUUAGAAAGAGACACACUUAGUAUUAGAGAAAGUAGACUCUUUGGAGCUGUUGUUCGCUGGGCAGAAGCAGAGUGUCAAAGACAGCAGCUGCCUGUGACGUCAGGAAACAAACAGAAAGUGCUUGGAAAAGCUCUAUCUCUAAUCCGUUUUCCACUAAUGACUAUUGAAGAGUUUGCAGCAGGUCCUGCUCAGUCUGGAAUUUUGUCAGAUCGGGAAGUGGUAAAUCUCUUUUUGCAUUUUACGGUCAAUCCUAAACCUAGAGUUGAUUAUAUUGACCGACCGAGAUGCUGCCUCAGAGGAAAAGAAUGCAGCAUAAACAGGUUCCAGCAAGUGGAGAGUCGUUGGGGGUACAGUGGAACAAGUGACCGAAUCAGGUUCACAGUUAAUAGAAGAAUUUCCAUAGUGGGAUUUGGAUUGUAUGGAUCUAUUCAUGGACCCACAGAUUAUCAAGUCAAUAUACAGAUAAUUGAAUAUGAAAAAAAUCAAACACUGGGACAAAAUGAUACUGGAUUUAGUUGUGAUGGAACUGCUAAUACGUUCAGAGUUAUGUUCAAAGAACCUAUAGAAAUAUUGCCAACUGUCUCCUACACAGCUUGUGCAACACUCAAAGGUCCUGAUUCACAUUAUGGUACAAAAGGAUUGAAGAAAGUAAUCCACGAAUCUCCCACUGCUAGCAAAACCUGCUUUUCCUUCUCUAGUUCACCCGGUAACAACAAUGGUACAUCGAUAGAAGAUGGACAAAUACCAGAAAUAAUAUUUUAUACGUAAUUACACAUGAUAGAGUUCAUCUCAGAUAAUACAUGUAGCAAUGUAUAGACUGACAUUGGCAUAAAGUACUUGGCUAUUGGUGGCAAUGAUUAAAUUCUAUGAACUUACAUAAAUAUAUAAUCUCUUCAUGUACUAUGAAACUAGAACAUUUCUUAUAGGAGGUACCAGAAAAAUCUAUUUUUCUCUCCAUGAUUUUGGCAGGAUAUCAAUAAGUUAACAGAUGUAGUUCCUUUUACCUUCACAAAAUGUUGAAAGUAAGAAGUACUCUAUAUUGUAAAGGUAUUUAAACAUUAUCUUGUGUUCUGUUGGUUUAAUUUACUUCCUGACCCCUUCCAUUGUCUUCAGCAUUUGGUGAAAUUCUUCUUUGAUCUCCUUGUUUGUUAUGAAAUUUUGGUAUUUUUGGUUCUUUAAAAACGCAAUAGCUAUAUUGCUUUGUCCCAGACUUGCAUUUCCCUCUAAAAUACUCUAGUCAAUACUAAAAUGCAAUGACCAUUAUGGACUCAAUGACCAUUUUUUUUUAAUUACAGCAACAAAACUGGAUUUAUAUUUUUUUUUUUUUUAUUUAAAUGAGCCAUGAAUAAAUACCUGGGUUAACACUGUAAACAGUAUCUGGAAUUGUAUUAAAGAAAUAUAGCACAUACUUAUAGCUGAGAUCUGCAAUGUACAAUACUUCAGUGGUCUUGGUUUCAUUCAGAAAUGUGUAUUUUAUAGUAAUGUAUUGGAGCAUGUAAGUUGCUGUGGUGAUGACUAUUGUAUAUAAAUAUGCCUGUAAAAAUGUAUAAUGUGAAGAUAUGAAAAUACAAGACUUCUAUUAAUAGUAUUCUAGGACCUGGAUGCUCAAGCAUUAACCAGCACUAAAAUCUUGAUCUGAUUUAACUUUA